AUGGGAGGGGAGAACAGCACUACAGCGAGUGAUUUUAUUUUUCUGGGAUUGGCCACUAAUCCAAAGCUGAAGCACCUCUUGUUUUCUAUCUUCUUGGCUGUGUAUGGUACAACCGUGUUGGGCAACCUCCUGAUUGUGGGUCUAGUGGUUUAUGAGCCUACCCUCCACUCCCCCAUGUACUUCUUCUUGGGGAACCUCUCCUUCUUGGAUUUCUGCUACUCUUCUAUAACUGCUCCUAAAAUGUUGGUUGGCUUCCUAUCAAGGACCAACACCAUUACUUAUGGAGGCUGCAUUUCUCAGAUCUUCUUCUUCCACUUCAUUGGUGGCAUCAAGACUUUUCUUCUCAUCAUCAUGGCAUAUGAUCGCUAUGUUGCCAUCUUUCACCCUUUGCGCUACAUGGCCAUAAUGAAUGCAACCCUAUGUAGUGGAUUUAUGUGGGCCUCCUGGGUUGGUGGCUUCAUCCACUCCAUUGUGCAAGUGGCCAUCAUCACCCAGCUGCCCUUCUGUGGCCCCAGUAGGCUUGAUAAUUUUUACUGUGAUGUCCCACAGGUGGUCAAACUGGCUUGCACGAAUACCUUCAUAGUGGAGCUUCUCAUGGUGUCCAACAGUGGACUGGUGACCUUGAUGUGCUUUGUUGUGCUGCUUGUGUCAUACACCGUUCUUCUGGCCAGGCUCAGAGCAGGCUCUGCAUCAGGUCGGAGCAAGGCUGUCUCCACAUGUGCUUCCCACAUCAUUGUGGUGACCUUGAUUUUUGGGCCGUGCAUCUACAUUUAUGUCCAUCCCUUCCAUGCAUUUCCCAUGGACAAGGUUGUUUCUGUUAUCUACACUGUCAUCACUCCUGUCCUGAAUCCUUUCAUUUACACUCUGAGGAACAAAGAUUUCAAAAUGGCCAUGGAAAAACUCAAGAGAAGAAAGCAGAAUCCAGUUCCCUGA